ACGUCCCAGGAUUUACCCUGUUAUGAUUGGUGAAGACUUCUGCCCAGAGCCCCGGUAUUGGCUGGUGGGGGCUUCAUUCAUUUGCAUGAGAUGGUGUGGGCUGGAUGUCUAGUCUGUCCAUGUGCAGUGUAGUGCGCGGUCAGUGGGAGGGAUAGGAAGAGAAAAGGGAGGGAUGGGUCAAAAAAUACACGGAGAGGGGGAGAGUGAGAAAGAAAGAGAGAGAGAGAGAGGAGUUUCCUGUCCCUGGAACGAGCGCUGCCAGCCUUGUGGAGUUGGGCUGUUAUGAGAAAGUAAACAGCAGAAGCCUGUGGAACAGGAUUUUAGCCCUGAGAGAUUGUGUGCGUGUGUGUGUGUGUGUGUGUGUGUGAGAGAGAGAAGGGAGAGGUUGGGUCAUCUGGACCAGAGGCAGAGAGCGGCUGCACUGCGUAAAGAUGGGUGCAGUUCUAGGGAGAAGACGCGGCUGACAGCUUUCUGACUUCCUGGGAGAACCUCUGGAUUAAAGACUGGGUGGAGAUAGACUGAUGUGACAGGUCGAACAGAUGGCCGCCCUUCAAUCCCCUCCAGUCUCAGAGGACCACAAGCAAGACUCCAUGCCUACUAGAAUACCCCCAAUGCAUCAGCAUCAACUUGAAAUAGACGAAGAUGAAGAGGAAGAGUUGGGAGAGAAAUUUGAGUUUGAUGACUCUGAUGAAGACAGUGCCCAGGCCAAGAAGUCUGAGGCGGACGGAGGAUUCUACUCUGAGGUGGACGAAGGACUCAACAAUGGAGCCUCCCAGCAAGCAGUGGUCCUUUCCACAUUUCAAAGCCCGGUGUUACCAGCUCCCGGGGACAACACGGUGCUACCACCACCUCCCGGGGACAACACGGGGCUACCACCUCCAGGGGACAACAGUCACAAAGUCAGUGUCAACGUGACUCCUACAGGUCAGGACAACCAGAGUAACAGCCCAGAUAUGGUGGCCAGAGAGUCUCCUGAUGGCAGCUCCGUGGGGCCCAGGGUGUCUGAAGAGACAGAGGCUUCCUGGAUGGCAAACAACGUCUAUGAAGGUCUAAAGUCUGAGUGUUACUACACCCCUGUCGUAAAAAAGUCUGGCCGCACUCAAGCUCUGACAGCCCAGACACCUGCUCGCUCCCGGGAAUGGUUCAGUGUUGUCUCAGAACUCACACUGCGGCUGCACAAAGGUCGACCUUCCGCUGCCCCUGAGCCAACCCAGGAAGAGUCCCCCGCCCGUACCGAUGUCAUUUACGAUGACGUGCCAUGUGAGAGCACGCAGUCUCUUAACGCAGUUGAUGACCAGGUGUAUGAGGACGUGCAGAGGCCUGACCAGCUGCAGGGGACAGAGGAUUGCUGGAGCUCAAGUGAAUUUGAGAGCUACGAUGAGCACUCAGAUGAGGAGGCUAAACCACCGGCUCGUAGCAAGGCCUCUGCGGAUGUGAGGGGACUGAAGGAGCGAUGUGUCAGGACCAAGCGGGAGCUCGCCGUGCGCUUAGCCGGGCGGGACUUCCCCAAGAUCAAACAGAACUAUGACACCAAGGUCCAACAGCUCAUGAAGGCUGCCAGGGAUGGGACCAAAGAUGGGCUAGAGAAGACCAAAAUAGCCAUGAUGAGGAAGGUCUCCUUCCUGAACAAAAAAGAACUCACGGAGGACGCAGAGGAUGAGUCUGGCUAUCUGGACGUGACUUUAUCUGAGGUGAAACACCCGCCCCCACAGCUGAGUCCGAUGCCAGAAGGCCUAAGCAACCAGCAGAUUGUGAGACGUCAUAUUCUUGGUUCCAUAAUCGACAGUGAGAGAAGCUACCUUGAAUCCCUAAAGAGAAUACUAGAGGAAUACCACAAACCCUUACUGGAAGCCGAGCCAAAGAUCGUGAACCCUAAGAAGUUCCAGCCUAUCUUUUACCGCCUCAAAGAGAUCACACAGUGCCACUCCAUGUUCCAGAUCGCGCUGGCCUCUCGCGUGGCCGAGUGGGAUGCCACAGAGAUGAUAGGCGACCUGUUUGUGGCCUCAUUUUCCAAGUCUAUGGUGCUGGAUGUGUACAGCGAAUAUGUCAACAACUUUACCAACGCCAUGGCUCUCAUCAAGAAGGCGUGCAUGUCUAAACCAGCUUUUCUGGACUUCCUCAAGAGGAAGCAGGCGUCCAGCACUGACAGGAUCACUCUGUACGGCCUGAUGGUCAAGCCCAUCCAGCGCUUCCCGCAGUUCAUCCUCCUGCUGCAGGACAUGCUGAAGAACACUCCGGUGGACCAUCAGGACCGGCUGCCUCUGCAGCUGGCUCUGACUGAGCUGGAGACACUGGCCGAGCAGCUCAACGAGCAGAAGCGCAUGGCCGACCAGAUCGCCGAGAUCCAGCAGCUCGCCCGCAGCGUCAACGACCGCAACCUCAGCAGGCAGCUGAACGCUGAUCAGCGGCAGCUUAUUUUGUGCGAGACGCUCAUUGAGACCGUCUACGGCGAAAAGGGCCAGGUGCUCAAAUCGAAGGAGCGCAAGGUCUUCCUCCUGAACGACUCCCUCGUGUGCGCAAACCUCAACCUCAAUAACUCUGAGAGCGGCAUUGAUAACAUCAUUCACGAAAGAUGGGGUCCUCCGGAUAUCAGCAGUCUGGUUCCAGUGGGGCAAAAGUACACAGUGAAGUGGAGCGCCCCAUUGCUGCAAGUGCAGGCAGUGGAGGUCGGGCAAGAAGGCUCGCCAAGCAAAGAGAACCUCUACCAGCUCAGCAACAACAAACGCCACAGCACUAGCACUCCAGGGAAGGUGUUUCUCGGACCUCCUCGGCUUUACCAGGAGCUUCAGGAGCUCCAGCACGACCUGUCUGUGGUGGAGGAGGUCACUCUGCUUGUGGGGACACUACAAGGAGAAUACCAGGUGAGCUAUGACAACAUACAUUACUCAUACAGUUCCCCAUUAAGUACCAGCUCCCUUUCUAAAUGGGAACUGUUAAAGUCCAGGUUUAGAGGCUUAAAAUCCAUUAUCUCUCAUUCAUCCAUCCAUUAA